GCGACAUUUUUCUACAAAUAUAUCAUGCGCCUAAAACAGAUUCUUGUUAAAGAUGGAGGAUUCGGCACACAAAUGACCGUGCAUGUGGGAAAUGCUGUUGAUGGUGAUCCCCUAUGGAGUGCCAGAUUCAAUGCAACAAAUCCAGCAGCUGUAGUGAAUACCCACGUAGAUUUCUUGCAAAAUGGUGCCGAUUUAAUUUUAACAAAUACCUAUCAGACAAGUGUUGAGGGUUAUAUGGAAUAUUUGGAAUUAGAUGCUGAUCAAAGUGUUGAACUAAUUAAAAACACAGUGCGAUUAGCUCAUAUAGCCAAAGAGAAAUACUUGACAGAAUGUUAUCAGGCACAAUUAAACGUUAAUGAGGGAUUUCCCAUGAUUAUUGCUUCGAUAGGACCAUAUGGUGCCCAUUUACACGACGGUUCUGAGUAUUCAGGCGAUUACGCUGAUUAUGUGCCAGCCAAAGAGAUUACUGAUUGGCAUAGAGUACGAAUUGAUGCAUGUCUAGAAGCCGGUGUGGAUGCUUUAGCUAUUGAGACGAUACCUUGUCAAAUGGAGGCAGAAGUUUUAGUUGAGAUGUUAUGCGAAGAUUAUCCAGAUGUUAAAUUUUGGAUUGCCUUCCAAUGCAAAGACGAAAAGACGUUGGCACAUGGUGAACAGUUUGUCGAAGCAGCUAAUACUAUAUGGGAACAACUCAAGGAACGCAAUGCUCAAGAAAAUUGUUUAGCAAUCGGUGUUAACUGCGUAAAUCCCCAAUUUGUAACACCUCUUUUUAAGUCGUUAAAUGGUGAGCGCACGGUAGAGGACAGAAUACCAUUGGUAGUUUAUCCCAAUAGCGGUGAGGUGUAUGAUGUUAACAAAGGUUGGAUGGGUAAGGAGCAUUGUGUGCCUUUGGCAAAUUAUGUUGCAGAAUGGGCACAACUGGGAGCUAAAAUUAUUGGUGGCUGCUGUCGUACUUAUGCACGCGAUAUAAGACAUAUUAGUGAAACAGUUCAUAAUCUUAAUAAGUUAAAGUUGUCAUAACAAUAUUAAAUGUAAUCUUAUUAUAAAUAAGUAAUAGUUUAAGUUUUCCAACAAGAUUUUAUUUAAAAAAAUAUAUACAUAUAAAAUUUGUUAUUUAUUGGAAUAAUAGAAA